AUGAGUGCUUCGGCUAAUGGGUUUAUGGCCCCUAACAACACCUUCGACGUACUAGUUGUUGGUGGUGGUAUCUCUGGCAUAAACUCCGCCUACCGCAUAUCCACACUCCUUCCUAACUCAUCUUUCGCGAUUCUCGAGGCGCGUCACGAGAUUGGUGGAACAUGGAGCCAAUUCAACUACCCGGGCGUACGAUCCGAUUCCGACCUUCAUACAUUCGGCUUCUCCUUCAACCCAUGGAAAAGCAGUAACAGUAUUGCUGAGGGUCAGAACAUCAUGUCUUACUUGAAGUCGACAGUGCGGAAGUUCGACCUAGAAGAAUACAUUCGCUUUGGUCAGAAGGUUCAGGCAGCAGAUUGGAGAGAAGAGGAACAGAAGUGGAGACUGGAGGUCGACGUGACUGAAGAUGGCGAGACUAGGAGAGCAAUUUACUGGACCAAGUGGUUGAUUUGUGGCACUGGGUAUUAUUCCUACCAGAAGCCCGCUGAUGCGCGCAUUCCUGGUCUACAAGACUUUCAGGGCGAAGUUGCACAUCCCCAAUUCUGGCCUAAGGAGAUGGAAUGUAAAGACAAGAAGAUCGUGGUGAUUGGUUCUGGCGCAACAGCGAUUACCCUCAUGCCUGCACUGAUCAACCAAGGAGCAGCUUCGGUCACACAGCUCCAAAGAAGUCCGAGCUACAUCAUGGCCGUACCACAAACGAAGCCUGGAGAUGCAGGCUGGUUCCAACGACUGAUACCGACGUGGUUGAUGAUGAAGUGGACACGUUUCGUACACGUCCUCAUGCCAGUAUUAUUCUACCAAUUCUGUAUCCGCUUCCCGACUCGCGCAUCGAAUAUGCUCCGUUCAGAAGCCAGGAAACAACUGCCAGAUGACUUCCCCGUGGACCCGAACCUCAAACCUGGCUAUAACCCCUGGCAACAACGUCUUUGCUACUGUCCUGAUGGCGACUACUUCAAGUGCUUCGAGAGCGGCCGUGCGAAAAUCGUCACUGAUACAAUCAAACACAUCACCAAGACUGGCAUCGAAUUGGAUUCUGGUGAGACGCUAGAUGCCGACAUCAUCAUCACGGCGACUGGCUUGCGCAUGCAACUGUUCGGCGCCAUGGACAUCUCCAUCAAUGGAAAACCAAUCGAUUUGUCAAAUCAGUACUUUUGGCGCUUCGCUAUGCUCACCUCGGUCCCCAACUUCGGCAACAUCAUGGGCUACUGGAACCAUUCGUGGACUCUGGGUAGCGAUAUUUCCGUCAAGUUGUUCAUCCGGAUCAUCAAGAAUAUGAACCAGAGCGGGUAUACUAAUGUUAUCCCGGAGAUGAGUGAGAAGGAUGCGGCGAGGCCAGACGCUUUGGCUAGUCCGUUGUCUAGCACAUAUGUAAAGGAAGCGAGCGUCUGGCUCCCCAAGUGCAAGGACGGGGGCCCCUGGUCUCCGCGACCGAACUACUUCUUCGACCGCUGGAGAGCGGAGCGUGCUGAUUUGAAUGAUGGACUUAAGUAUCGGACAGUGAGCACUUAA